ACGCCUCUGGAUCGACACGCACAUCCCUACCUUGUAGCUGGGUUAGCAGGUUAGCAUUGCAGCGGAGCGUGGGGGGCGAGCUCCGAUAGCAGCUUUUAUAUGAUACCGAGCACGCUGCCAGUCGCUGUUAAACGCGUAGCUUUUGAGGUUUUCAACAGGGACGGUGAAGCGGGUUGCCGGCGUCGUCCCCCUCUCAGGACAAGCGAGCGAGCGGGUCCGCCCGGAACAGCCCACAGCAGCAGAGCAGCAGUUCGGACGCUUCCCCUAGACUCAUGACUGUUUGACGGGACGCGGCCCAACCGUGGCCCAUGCACUGUAUCCGUUUCCCUCCCUGUCCUCCUUAUCCCUCAAGCUGACGCAGAACCCCAGGCACCUCCCCCCCCUCCCCCACCCCCACCCCCACCCCCACUCCCACUCCCACCCUGUCCCCAGCGACUCGCCCCCUCCCGCCAUGGCGUCCGGCACGGAGACCGUGCACUACAUCCACCUCCACAACUCCAGCCAGUCGGUGCUGGAGGCGCUGCGCACCCAGCGGCGCGAGGGCCUCUUCUGCGACGUGACCGUGCGGAUCCACGACGCCUCGCUGCGCGCCCACGCCUGCGUCCUGGCGGCCGGCAGCCCCUUCUUCCAGGACAAGCUGCUGCUGGGCCACUCGGAGAUCUCGGUGCCGCCGCUGGUGCCCGCCGAGACGGUGAAGCAGCUGGUGGACUUCAUGUACAGCGGCUCGCUGGUGGUGCUGCAGUCGCAGGCCCUCUGCAUCCUCACCGCCGCCAGCAUCCUGCAGAUCAAGACGGUGAUCGACGAGUGCACCCAGAUCAUCUCUCAGAGGAAGGCGGCGGCGGGGGCGGCGGCGGCUGCGGCGGCGGCGGCGGCGGCGGGCGGGGGGAUGCUCGGAGCCGUCCUCCCCAAGCAGGAGGAGCGCGGCGGGGGGAAGGGGAGGGAGAGCGGGGGCGGCGGGAGCUGCUCCGUCGGGGCCGGGGGAGGAGGAGGAGGAGGAGGAGGAGGGGGCGGAGGCUACGCGAACUUCUCCAACUUCAUGGCCGAAUGCGCGGCCAGCAACAUGGGCGGAGGGCUGGGGGGCGCCGGCGUUAGCGUCACCGAGAGCGGGCCAGGCCCGAUGGAUCAAGCUAACACCGUGAGCCUGAUGGCGCUCGGCGACAUGGGCCCCGGCGCCAUGUGCGGCGGCGGCGGCGGCGGCGGCGGCGGAGACGGGAUGGGCCCCGGCGCGAUCCUCAUGAAGCAGAGCCCCAGCUGCACUCAGGACGUCAGGUACAAGCUCCGAGACCUGCUGGCGCAGACGGCCAACGGGGCCAGCACAAGUAGCACAGGGAACCUCUCGGCGGGCUGCAGCUCCGGCGUGGGCAGCGUGGACAGCAUCGGCAGGGACAGCCUCCGCGGCAACACAACCGACCUCUCCGACGACCUUGUGGGCAUAGACAGAUACAGCGAGGAGGAGGACUUGGACGGGAGAGAGCGGGGAAGAGACGGAGACAGAGACAGGGGGGCGAGCCACAGCCGCAAGCAGAGGCAGCCGCUAAGACUCCAGGUGCUGGGAGGAGAGGGAGUGGUGGUGAAAGAUGAAGGGGUCCAGGACACGGACGGGAACGUUUACGCCUUGCAGGACGGGAGAAGGGCUCAAGAGCAGGACGGCUCCCAGGAAUCCAUGGCGAGCUUCGGACAGGACUUCUAUGAUGAGCAGGGGGUGUUUUCAGAGAGUUUCUGGCCUCAGAGCGAGCCUCCUCAAGCCAUGGCUUUCAACCCCAGAGGGAGGGUCAACAAGCCGCUGACCCCCCCUCCGACCUCACAGUCUAUCAACAACCAGCUUCUGUUCCAGUACCCGGUGAGCCAGUCGCAGCCCGCUCCGUACUACGUGGGCGGGCCCAUGGGCGGCAUCGACAACAUGGCGGGCGCGGAGCCCAGCCAGCAGCCUCCUCCACCAGCGCCGAUGACCCCAGCGCCGCCUCCAGCCACCUCCUCCUGCUCCGCAGGGCCCUCCCCUUCCUCCCAGGGAUCCGAGACCUCGUUCGACUGCACGCACUGUGGCAAAUCUUUACGUUCCAGGAAGAACUACAGCAAGCACAUGUUCAUCCACUCCGGUCAGAAACCUCAUCAGUGCUCCAUCUGUUGGCGCUCCUUCUCCCUGCGCGACUACCUCCUCAAACACAUGGUGGUGCACACCGGCGUCAGGGCCUUCCAGUGCACCAUGUGCGGCAAGCGCUUCACCCAGAAAAGCUCGCUGAACGUGCACAUGCGCACUCACCGUGCCGAGCGCACCUUCCAGUGCAACGUGUGCCACCGGGCCUUCACCCACCGCACCCUGCUGGAGCGCCACGCCCUGCAGCACGCCCACCACGCCCCCCAGGCCCCGGGCCAAGGCCAGGGGCGUGGAGCCGACAUGACCUCACCUACCAAGCACAGUCCCCCGGCUAUGGGGGGACCCUCAGGUAUGGCUGGCGCGGCGGGCAUGGUUGGCAACAUGGCUAACAUGCCCAGCCACGGAGCUUCCUCAACCUAGAGAGAGAGAGAGAGAGAACGGGAAAUACGGGGGGAGACGGAGAGAAGGGGGGAGGGGGAGAGGAGGUUAGUGAGCUCAUUCCUUGAACCAACACUUACUUGGUCCUAACAGCCUUGUUGAUCUUUUGCUCUGGUGGAGACAGAGUCCUUACAGGUUCCCAUUGUUUUUUAGCUUGACGCCACCUUCAAUCAGGGUUCCUACACAGGGCAAGAAGGCGUUUCACAGUUGACAAAUAAUGUACAUUCAUUAGGUGUUUCGGAAUUGCACAAAAAUCCUGGGAAGGUUUUUUUUCCAGAAGCCCCACCUUUUGGUAGUUGUAGCGCGACUGUCAUUUCCUGCGUCGUGACAUUUGUUGCCGUGAGGACCGAUCGCAAACUACAGAACAGCAUCGCUAACAAUCGCAAACCUCGUUCAGUAGCCAUCUGUAAAGUCUGGACUUCUUUCUUUUUUCUUUUUUCUUUUUUUUUUUUUUUUUUUUGAAGUGAAGAAUUGUGUAGGAACCCUGUUUCAAAGAGACCAGAGAGUCACCAAAGAGGUUAGGAAAAACGGCAGGAUUUGGGAGUGGGUGGGUGGGUGGGGGUGGGGUUGGGUGGGGGGAAGGAUGCAGGAUUGUAGGUGGAGGCAGAAGAGGAGAAGAAGAUGCACGUUAAGGAGAUGGGGUGUUUGUGAAGGGGUGCAGGGAUUGAUUCAUCCUAAAUUCACUUAAUUCAAGUUCACUCAAUACCAAGUUCAAACGUGAACGUGGCUUUUCACGUCGUAGCAGCUUAUGUUAUCGUACAGAACUUCAGCAAAUAUAACUUUAAUGUAAUAAGGAAAAUGGAAAAAUCGUGCAGAAAAAUGCAAAAAAAAAAAUCCAGGGUCCAGGCGCUCAAAUGGGUUUGAAAAAGCAAAAAAACCUGGAGUCAUUAAAAAAAAAAAAAAAAACUACUUUAAUCCUCAAUGGGAGUAAACAGGCCCCAAACCGAAUGAAAUUUCAUUCCUUUUCACAGGGGUAGAAUAUUUCUUUUCCCAAACCGAUCGAAGGUCACGUAAACGGUGAAUCAGACUGAAGUCGGGCUUUGUUCUGUCUGGACGUAAAUGUGCAGUGAUGUUUCCUCCACUGGUCUGUGGUUCAGUAAAGAGCUUGUUUUUAACAACAACAACUCUGGAAGAACUGGACAUUAUCACACGCUUAGACGGCAGAAAAAAUAGAAAUACUGAACUGUUUAAAAAGGUCCAUCAUAAAUGUAAUGAAGCUGCGAUAGACUGAAGUGUGGAACAAAAUAGGAACCGUUGGAAAACCUUGAAGACCAGUGACUAUAAGACCAAACAAUACAACAGCAAAAUAUAUGACCCUGAAUCAAGUCGCUGCGUUAAUAUUAAAACUGUAAAAACAAUACAAACUGCUUUGCUGAUUAGAUGAGAAACCUCCAUCUUUGAUCAGCCACGUGUUGUUUUCAGCAGUAUCAUUCUCCCUGAGUCUGUUCAUCUUACUUUUCCUUUUUCAAACUCAUUUCAGUGCCUGGACCUGGCUUUUUUAUGUAUUCAUGUAUUUUCCUUGGGUCAUUGGUUCGAGGGACACCAGUAGCUCUCCAGACGUUUUUCUUCUCUAAAUAUAACUCUGAAGAAUCUCUAGUUCAAAUUUUAAGUUGGAAAAAGGAUUUACUUCAUAUUUCAGUUUCUCUCUUGCACUUGCAAGUUUCACUUUUCACGCAUCAUUAUGGACAUUUUUGUCCACCUGCCCAUCGACGUGGCUGUGUUAGUGCAUACGGUACAGUUUAGUAUGACACACUUUUUGAUUUAAAUGUUAAACAUUAAAACAGCAAAUAUUACUAUUUCUUCUGAAAAAUGAAACCCCAACACUGCACAUUUCUUUAUCACGUUGUGUCACGGCUGUGAGGUUAAAAAUGUGGUUAUAGUGGGAGUCAAUGGGACAUUUUUGUCCAUUAAUGACUUCGUUGAAGUCAGUAUUUUAGAUAAUCUUUGACACUGAUUUGAGAAAAAAAAAGGCUCCCAACAUUAGUUUUAUGGAAAAUAACUAUUUUUAAAAUUGUUGUAAUAAGGUUAAAAUGUUGAUAAUUAUUCAAUAUUUGAUAUUUUGUUGAUGAAAAGUUUUAACCGAAAAAAAGCAGGAAGACACAUUAAUCUGUACUAUUUUUAUAGUAGUUUUUGGAAGUGGACAUUUUUUUGUCAUUAAUGAUUGUAGAAGGUUUAGAUCUGACAAAAAAAAACAAAAAAACAGUGAUUUUAAUUCAUCAAACUCUCAUUUAAAGGGUGAAAAUCCUGAAUUUUUUUGAAUUUUUGGUAGUUUUGUGAAGUGGUUUAAGGGAAAAAAAAAAUAUGAAUCAGUUAAGUUUUUAUAGCAGUUUUUUUGGAAGUGGCCAUUUUUUUGCCUCCGUCGGGUAGAAACUGACGCCCGAGGGCUAAACUGAACCACGUGUGAACGGAAUCCGUGCGUCUUUACGGGGUUUCGCCAUCGCUCACAUUUCUCAUCGACAUCUGAAUUGUAUUCAAACGAAUCUUUAUACACGUGUUUUCCUUUAAACGAGUUCACUUAAACGGCCGUUUAAAUUUAAAAUGAUUCAAAAUAAAAACGGUGAAUUAAGUGAACUGAGGGUGAAGAGAUCCCGGCACCCGAGGCCGACGGAGACGGCUGUUGACAAAUUAAUUGAUGAAGAAGACGACGACUAAUCAGACGACAGCAGGGGGGGUGGGAGGGGGGGAGGAGGAGGAGGAGAAAAAGGAGGAGGAGGAGGAGGAGGCGUGAUGCACAGCAGUGUGAAUGAAAUUCACCAUCAUCCAUCAGACCGCUUUGUAACAUUUUCCACAGGCGCCACCACACGGCCCCAGGAUCAUAUACCUCGAACCAGGACGAGCCCCUGACGGCUCGGAGGGGACACUAUUUUCUCAUUUGAAAUGUUUGGGAAACAUUUCAGGCAUGUUUUACACAUAUAUACACACACACACUCUCUCUCACACACACACACACACAGACCUACAAUUACCUCGGUGGUCCAAAGACAGGCAUUAUGCUUCACAUCUUUUUAAGCUACAUCAAACGACGAAACAGUGAAAACUAAAGCUAAAAUAGAUCCGUUUACUCUCUGAAAGCUUGCUAAAGUACUUCUGUGUAAAGUUCCUGUACAUCACUAUAACGCUCAGUUUGUUAUUUGUUGCUCAUGUGAUUCUUUGACGCAAAAAUAAGGCAGAACAUAUAUAUAUUAAAAAAAAAAAAGAAAAAAAGAAUAAUAAUAAUAAGAACUUUUAAAGUGAACGAGCCAUUCUGAGGAAGUUAAACUUGGAUGAAUAACUAUGACAAAUCAGUGACUAUUAUCAGGAUUUUUAUUGAGUGUUUGGUUGUGUUUGUCUUUUGGGGCUCUGGUUAAUAAUAAAUGGGAAGUGUUUGUUGCUUAAAAAAAAACUUAAAAAAAAAAAGCUUUUUUCUCACAGCACUAUUAAAAAAAAAAAACAACAACUUUUUAAUGUUUUAGUAAAACUAAAUUAAUCAUUAAAAUUGUACAAUCACCCCUCCAAGUUUUGACAAAGUCGAACUUGUGAUAAUUUGAAUUAUCACAUUAAUAUUUAUUACAAUUUGAUCUCUAUGCACAAUUGAGUUUGCACAUCCUGUUCUCUAGACUUAGAUGUCGUUGUCCCCCGACGUAUUUGGCCUAAGAUUGUUUUAGCUUUUAUUUUGAAGGCCUCUAAGGCGAGCUUAAUAAGACCUUACGUGUCCAUGCUUUUCGCUCAUUUUCCUCAGUGUUUGUUAGUCGAAGCAUUCUAUGAUAUUCAGUAGUUUACUUAAGCUUUGUAAGAGCCUUUUCGAAAUGAUUUCUAUAAGUGGACCUCCCUAACAAGUGAGACAUUUUUGAGCGAGUGAUGAGAAAAUUUGACUACAAAAGGAAAAAAAAUAUAUAUAUAUAAAUAAACUUUAAUCCAAAAUUGCUUUCAAGUUAAAAAAAAGUGAAUCCAGCGAAGACUAAAAUCCCUUUUGUCCGGACUUCACUAUAAUUGUUGACAUUUAAUGUCCCACUAAAAUGUGGAAGAAAAAAAAAAUUAAAAAAUAUAUAUAAAAACUGCUUAUUUACGCGGAGCAGGCCUGGCAGCGUGCACCCAUUGGCUUCUGAACAACUCAUUUACUCAAGUAGUUUGUUUUCUACAGUGUUGUGGAUUUAAUAAACAAACAGACAGACAAACAAAAAGAGUUUUAGCAGAAGCUGGACUGAAGCUCUUUCAGUCCCGCUGUUGGUUAUAAGCUAUAUUACAUUUCACCGCCAAAACUUUGGUGCUUUUUAUUUUUUUUUAUUUUUUUUGGAAACAUUUACCUCAUUUGCCGGUUGCCAACGGCGCGCUGUGGCCUGGGUUUGGUAAAUAAGCAGUGUUGAGCUGUUUCAGAGGUUUGAUCUACCCUCUGCAGUGGAAGUGGUUUUGGUGCAUUUUGUCUGAGGCGGACCCUUGUACAGUACUGUAAUAUGUGUGCUUUGAAGCCAUGUCAGCGCAUUGUAACGUACUGUGUUAUGCUUUUUUUUAAUUAUUAUUUCAGUUUUUUUUUUUGUUUUAUUGAGAGGGACAAUAAUUGUUUUUCUACAUUAAUAUUUCUUUUAACAGAGGUUAAAUAAAAUAUGUCCGAUUAAAAGAAACUCAUUUUAUAAAGAAGAAGAAAAAAAAAAGAUUACUUGUCAUCGUAAAACUACAUCUUUUAUGUAUUAAAAAAAAAAAAAAAAGACUAAAAGGCAUGAUUUUAACUUUUUUCUGAGAACCUAGAUGUCGUACUUGAUGAAUUAAUUGAAUUUUAAAAAUGAGUGAUUUCAAAGAUUUCUUUCUCCAAAUAAAAAGUCUUCUAUGGCUCCAGGCCA